AUGUCCGUUUCUGCGCAAUCUAUGGACACCAAAUCUCCUCCUGCUGGCGCUGAUGUUUUCCCAAACCAGCCAUCGGCCUCCUCAGCUGUUCAGGAGUCUGUUUCAUCCCAACUGCUCCGGUCGUAUCUCAACCCGGCGGGAGGCAUUGUGGCAGCAAGCGCAGCGUCUACUAACGAGGAUGAUUUCAACCUGGGAAGCAGCAUCAGGGGCAGUAGUAGGGUCACCACCACUGCUGCUGCUACUGCUGCCACCACUGCUACCACCGCUGCUACCACCACCACUGCCAACCCCCUCUUCACCAUCCAGAACCUUCCAACCGAAAGCACCUCUCCCACCCUCGCCUCUUCAACCCUUGACUCUUCCACCCAAGGCAAUCCUUCCAAUCCUCCCACCGACGGCUAUCCCUCUCCUAUCGCCACCAACCCCACUUCAAACCCCUCAACCGUUUCAGACAGCCCCGAAACCCCUCUCGACCCCUCAUCUGACCCCGUGUUUGCAAAAGAGCUGGAUUUCUGGCAAGACGAGGAGGUGGCAGCUAUUUUCUCCUCUCUUUCCCGAGCCUCGCUGCCCCGGCUUCCCAAAGCUACCCUCUCGCGCAUCGCCCAGCUUCGGAACAGGCUCGGGCUGUCUAGGUUCGGGCACAGGCUCGGGAAGGGGCUUGGGAACAGCCUCGGGAAGUGGCUUCGAGGUUCGGCAGGGGGUGGUAACCAGAGCGGCAUCGAGCUGAACAGUGUUGCGAGCGUGCGGGCGGCGGUUGUGUCGUUUAGGUUCGGGACGUUUGAGUCGCCGCCUGCCAUCGUGCUUCACUCCUCUCACUCCUCCUUGUCGUUGCGCUUUGCCUCCCCCACCCUCCUCCCCUCCCAUCCUCACUCCUCUCACUCCUCCUUGUCGUUGCGCUUUGCCUCCCCCACCCUCCUCCCCUCCCAUCCUCACUCCUCUCACUCCUCCUUGUCGUUGCGCUUUGCCUCCCCCACCCUCCUCCCCUCCCAUCCUCACUCCUCUCACUCCUCCUUGUCGUUGCGCUUUGCCUCCCACCCUCCUCCCCUCCCAUCCUCACUCCUCUCACUCCUCCUUGUCGUUGCGCUUUGCCUCCUCCACCCUCCUCCCCUCCCAUCCUCACUCCUCUCACUCCUCCUUGUCGUUGCGCUUUGCCUCCCCCACCCUCCUCCCCUCCCAUCCUCACUCCUCUCACUCCUCCUUGUCGUUGCGCUUUGCCUCCCCCACCCUCCUCCCCUCCCAUCCUCACUCCUCUCACUCCUCCUUGUCGUUGCGCUUUGCCUCCCCCACCCUCCUCCCCUCCCAUCCUCACUCCUCUCACUCCUCCUUGUCGUUGCGCUUUGCCUCCCCCACCCUCCUCCCCUCCCAUCCUCACUCCUCUCACUCCUCCUUGUCGUUGCGCUUUGCCUCCCACCCUCCUCCCCUCCCAUCCUCACUCCUCUCACUCCUCCUUGUCGUUGCGCUUUGCCUCCUCCACCCUCCUCCCCUCCCAUCCUCACUCCUCUCACUCCUCCUUGUCGUUGCGCUUUGCCUCCCCCACCCUCCUCCCCUCCCAUCCUCACUCCUCUCACUCCUCCUUGUCGUUGCGCUUUGCCUCCCCCACCCUCCUCCCCUCCCAUCCUCACUCCUCUCACUCCUCCUUGUCGUUGCGCUUUGCCUCCCCCACCCUCCUCCCCUCCCAUCCUCACUCCUCUCACUCCUCCUUGUCGUUGCGCUUUGCCUCCCCCACCCUCCUCCCCUCCCAUCCUCACUCCUCUCACUCCUCCUUGUCGUUGCGCUUUGCCUCCCACCCUCCUCCCCUCCCAUCCUCACUCCUCUCACUCCUCCUUGUCGUUGCGCUUUGCCUCCUCCACCCUCCUCCCCUCCCAUCCUCACUCCUCUCACUCCUCCUUGUCGUUGCGCUUUGCCUCCCCCACCCUCCUCCCCUCCCAUCCUCACUCCUCUCACUCCUCCUUGUCGUUGCGCUUUGCCUCCCCCACCCUCCUCCCCUCCCAUCCUCACUCCUCUCACUCCUCCUUGUCGUUGCGCUUUGCCUCCCCCACCCUCCUCCCCUCCCAUCCUCACUCCUCUCACUCCUCCUUGUCGUUGCGCUUUGCCUCCCCCACCCUCCUCCCCUCCCAUCCUCACUCCUCUCACUCCUCCUUGUCGUUGCGCUUUGCCUCCCCCACCCUCCUCCCCUCCCAUCCUCACUCCUCUCACUCCUCCUUGUCGUUGCGCUUUGCCUCCCCCACCCUCCUCCCCUCCCAUCCUCACUCCUCUCACUCCUCCUUGUCGUUGCGCUUUGCCUCCCCCACCCUCCUCCCCUCCCAUCCUCACUCCUCUCACUCCUCCUUGUCGUUGCGCUUUGCCUCCCCCACCCUCCUCCCCUCCCAUCCUCACUCCUCUCACUCCUCCUUGUCGUUGCGCUUUGCCUCCCCCACCCUCCUCCCCUCCCAUCCUCACUCCUCUCACUCCUCCUUGUCGUUGCGCUUUGCCUCCCACCCUCCUCCCCUCCCCUCCCAUCCCCACUCCUCUCACUCCUCCUUGUCGUUGCGCUUUGCCUCCCACCCUCCUCCCUCCUCCCUCCUCUCCCCCUCCUCCCAUCAGCUUCGCACAGUGCGCCAUGUGCAACCCUGCCAGCCUGCCAUCGUGCUUCACUCCUCUCACUCCUCCCCUCGCCUCCCACCCUCCUCCUCCUCUCCCCCUCUUCCCCUUCCCCCGCUCCCCUCCACCCCCUCCCCUCCCCUCGCUCUCCUUCCCUCCCCUCCCCUCCCUCUCCUCUCCUCCCUUCCCCUCUCUCUCCUUCCCUCUCUACAUGCAACCCGGCUAGCCCUGCCAUUGUGGCGCAAGCAACCGUCUUUGACGUUCUUACUUAAAGCCCGUCUAUCCCUCCCCCUUUCCCUUUCUUCCCCUUCCUCUGAACAGCUUCACGCACUUCACCCAGUACGCCACGUGCAACCCCGCCAGCCCUGCCAUCGUGCUGCAGUGCUCUCACCGAUCCUUAUCCUUGCCUUAUUGUUGCUCCUCUUCAUCCCACCCACUACUCCCCCUCCUCCCCUCAGCUUCACCCAGUACGCCACGUGCAACCCUGCCAGCCCUGCCAUCGUGGCGCAAGCAACCGUCUUUGGAGGCUUCUGGGACACGUCAACAGCCACGCAGGGCCUGAAGUUUGAUGCAACCACCAGCCGGGUUUACUUGCAACAAGAAGCGAAUCCCACCAAGUCCACGUCGCUAGUCUCCAACUUCAUGGCCGUUCGAGACAUCGACGGAACCCUCAUCGGUGGCUCUGGGGGCUUCGCCAUCGUGCCCUAUCUCGCCAAGCCACCUGCCACUGUUGCGGCGAAGCAAACCAGGGCCGGGAGGAAGCCAGCAGGCCCCCUCUCAGGCUGCCAGUACCGAGACCUCUCGGUGGGGUUCACGUGUCCGGGCACCUGCUUCCACUCCUUCUCCGCCACCUUUUACGAAUCCACCGGCGCUGCUGCAGUGAAGGGGAGCAGCCAGCGGCCGUACAGCUACCUGGUGAUCACAAGAGAGGAGGACGGGGCGCAGUUCACGGCUUAUGGGUUUCAGAACGACCCCCUGCCUGUGAUCCCAGCCAAGGCCUCUGUCCGCAGGUGGGUUUCCUGUCCAAUCACCAGGUUUCUAGGAAGUGUAGACCCUGUAGGGUCAGGGGCUGCUGCUGCAGUGAAGGGCAGCACCAAGCGGCCAUACAGCUACGUGGUAAUCACGAGGGAGGAGGACGGGGCGCAGUUCACGGCUUAUGGGCUUCAGAACGACCCGCUUCCAACCAUCCCUGCCAAAGCAAAUGCCCGCAGGUUGGUCAG